AUGUCAGCAAUAGUUUGUAUAUCACUUUGGGAUGUGAUGGACGUGAAGCCGAGCGGCGACUGUCCCUAUAUAUGCGGUUUGGACACCAAAUUCAAUGCCAUUAUCUCAUGGGAUGUUUGGCCGCAAUCGCUGUUCAUUAGCGGCGAAUGCGCUUAUAUUAUACACUAUAAUACCACUACAUUAUACCCGAUGGACACACAACUGAUCCAUGGCUUUAAACAUUUGCUUAAUAUUUCACAUCUGAUGACAGAAAAUCAUAAUCAAAAUAAGUAUCAAUUUAUAUAUAUGGAUCAUAUACUGACUGAUGUGACACAAGUGGACACUGAUUUUGAUUUGAAUUAUUAUAUGUGGAAACAUAUCGGGAUUAGACUUAAAGUUAAAUGCUAUACCAAUACAUGCAAUGCUUUCAGUUCGGAUCAGUUAGAGAUUGGCUUUUAUGGCAAAAAUGGCAAAACUCACGUUCGGCCCAAUCCUGAGCCCACACAAGAGCCCGACGAAGAAGUGAAACCAGAAGUGAAACCAGAAGUCAAACCAGAAAUCAAACCAGAAGUAGAACCAGAGUCUGAACCGGAGUGGGAACCGGAAUCUGAACCAGAGUGGGAGCCAGAGUGGGAACCAGAGCCUGAAGUGGAGCCGGAAUGGGACCCCGAGUGGGAACCUGAGCCUGAAUUUGGCCGUUCGACAGUCACUACACACCGGCCGUAUGGCGAACAUCAUACUCGUCCGCGUCCUGAGUCAGAGCGCACAACACGGCAUCCAUACGUCACCCGCAGUACUACUCGUCGUCGACCUCACAGACCAAAGCCCACACCAGAGGCAGAAGAGCACACAUGGAUUACUCCAACGCCUCCCAAACCCGCGCCCAUCGCUGAGUCCACCACUACUCCCGAACCGGAGCCCGAAGAUGACGAAGACUUUUGGGUUACGGUUCCCGCUAUACCCACACAACAGAGACCAAAACCUGAGACACAUCCUGUGUCUGAGCACCACACUCGGCCCACAACUACUACCACAACCACUCGACGACCGCGACCAGAGGUGACCAGACCUGAACACCAUUGGACACCCUCUACAACAACUACUCGACGGCCUAAGCCUGAGACCACUACCCGAAGGCCGAGACCCGAGAUUACACCCGAAGCUGAGCGCCCGACUACUACGCGAAGACCGAGGCCUGAGAUAACGCCUGAAACUCAGAGGCCGACCACUACUCGGAAGCCAAGACCAGUGACAACACCUGAAUCUCAUCGCCCGACCACUAGUCGUAGGCCAAGACCUGAGAUUACGCCAGAGGCUGAACGGCCGACAACAACGCGAAGACCGAGACCUGAGAUAACUCCAGAAGCCGAGCGCCCGACCACUACCAGUAAGCCGAGGCCAGAGACAACGCCUGAAGCCGAAAGACCGACGACUACCCGAAGACCCAGACCUGAAACUACACCGGAAGCAGAGCGACCGACAACUACUACCACUACUACUCGACGCCCGCGACCGGAGACCCCGCGGCCUGAAGAGGAGCAUCACUGGCCACCGGAGCCAAUCACCACUCCAAGACCAGAAGCAGAGCCUUCAACCACUACUCGUCGGCCCAGACCUGAGAUCACUCCAGAAGUUGAGACAACAACUCGCAGACCACGACCGGAGACAACAACACCAGAACCGGAGACAACCACUACUCGUAGACCACAUUCCGAACCAACGACUCAACACAAACCCAAACCACCGGAAUUGCCGGAGAUUGAUAUCCCGAUCCACGAGCCGCCAGACCAUCAUUUCCCGUACCCACCGAUUGGACCCGAUAGUCCGCCACCCGAGUGCCAACACAUCCGGUGUCGCACCGGAUACCGAUGCGAUUGCAUAAACCCGUGUCCGGCCACCUGUAAAAUGCCAGACCGUAAGCCGUGUUCGGUAUACAUAUGCAAACCGGCCUGUGUUUGCGCCCCCGGAUAUGUACAAACUGCUACUACUAAUGGCACCUGCGUUCCCGUUCAAAGUUGCCCCAAACCCGAACUCCCGCCACAACCCAACCGACCGCCGCAAAUAGUUUGUCCCAAAGUCUGUACGAAUAGUAAGCAAUGUGUUUGUGAGAACCCGUGUCCGGCCACUUGUGCCGAACCAGAGCCCACGGCCUGUCCCACCACUCAAUGUAAUCCCGGCUGUCAUACGGUCUGCAAAAGGGGUCAAGUUUUGGACAGAAAGGGCGGAGAGUGUAUGCCAUUGGAGUACUGUCCGAACCGUCAGUGCAUUCAACCUCCGUGUCAGGACCGGGAGAACGAGGUCUAUCACGAGUGCUCCACACGAUUCUGUAACCGGACGUGCGCUCAGCCCAAGACCUACUGCACGGAACAGUGCGUAAAGCCGGGCAAUUGGGACUGUAGGGCGGGUACAGUACGCGACCCCCGCACUGGCAAAUGCGUGCCAUUCGUGCAGUGCUCGCAACCCAUUGUGUGCGACCGAAGGGAUGAGCUGUUCUACGAGUGCGACACUCGUCUGUGUCAGCGCACGUGUCAACGACCGAACCCCGUGUGCGGCACUCAGUGUCGCCAACCGGGCAAUUGUGACUGCAGGCCAGGACUCGUCCGCGACCUCCGCACGUGUCGGUGCGUCGACCCGAAUGAGCGCUCGUGUGUCGCGCAGAGAGUGGCCGACGAUUACACCCCCUUUUCGCCGGCCCUUCAAUUCAAUCGUUUCUGA